AUGGAUCGAUUAUGGCAAGUCGAACUGACAUUGACCAGCGAUAAUGACAAGCAACUCAACGCUCUUACUACCCAGAUUCACACGGAAUUAUUUUCACAAACAACAGCAUGGGCUCGACUGGCCGAAUUACUUAUCAUAUUAGGUGAAUUUGACAAAGCCGACGAAUUAUAUCGAAUACUUAUUCGGCAAGAACCGACUGCUAUAGAGAAAUCAAAGAUCUGCGCACGGCUUGCCUGGAUCAAACGUAGUCAAGGUCAAAAUUCUGAAGCAAUGUCAUUUAUCAAGAAGUCUUAG